GUUUCAGGCUAAAUUGCCCGCAGCUUUCUUCGCCCCCAUUGGUUUACAGCGACAGGGGCCGCGUGAACCGGGAGGAGGGGGCGACUGUGGUCAAACCCACCGCGACCCAAACGGCACCAGGAGGGAGGAGAACCGCCGCAGAAGCAGCAGCAGCGCCGCAGCCCCGCUCCGCGCUCGCAGUCUGCAUGGGCUAGUCGGUUAGCUCGCUUAGCUCCGUCCGCACCGCCCGCAUCGUGAUUUCAUCUCCCCGGUGGUGCCUCCCUGCUGCCCGGCUUCAAGAUGAUGAAGUUUCGGUUCCGUCGGCAGGGAACCGACCCGCAGAGAGAGAAGAUCAAGCAGGAGCUGUUCGCCUUCAACAAGACCGUGGAGCAUGGCUUCCCUCAUCAGCCCAGCGCUUUGGCCUUUGACCCCAAACUGGACCUCAUGGCUAUCGGCACCAAGUCAGGAGCCGUCAAAGUCUACGGGGCGCCUGGUGUGGAGUUCAGCGGACUGCACAAAGACACCACAGCUGUGACACAGAUCCACUUCCUGCCGGGCCAGGGACGACUGCUGUCGCUGCUCGACGACAACACCAUUCACCUGUGGGAGCUGGUGGCGGGGGCGCCCAGAGAGGUGGGCGGAGUCAGGAAGGAGGGCGCGGUGAGUCUGCAGGAGGUGGGCAGCUACAGCCUCCCAGGACGACCGGGCAUCGAGAGCUGCAGUGCCACUCGGGUGACCGUCCUCCUCUUACUGAGGUCAUGUGACCUGCUCUGCAUCGGCACAGAGGGAGGGGGCGUGUACUUCCUGGAGCUGCCGCACCUCUCCCUGAAAGACGACCAGACGCUGACCCAGGAUCAGGUCACACAGAGCCUGCCAGAUGACUACAGAUGUGGAAAGUCCCUGGGGCCGGUGGAGUCUCUUCAGGAACAUCCUCGGCAGCCGGGGAAGAUUCUGGUCGGCUACAGCCGAGGCCUGGUGCUGCUGUGGGAUCUGGGUUCAGGUCGUGCCGAGCAGCUCUUCCUGGGCAAACAGCAGCUGGAGAGCCUGGUGUGGGAACGCUCUGGAAACCUGUUUGUCAGCUCCCAUAACGACGGGGGCUACUCGGUGUGGGCCGUUACCAGCGGCAACACCUACAAUCAGCAGCCAGUGUCCUCCACCAUCCCCUACGGUCCAUUUCCCUGCAAAGCCAUCAACAAGAUCCUGUGGAGGACGACGCAGACGGGGUCGCCCGUCUUGCUGUACAGCGGAGGGAUGCCCAGAGCCAGCUACGGCGACCGCCACUGUCUCACCGUUCAGCAGGAUAAAGAGCACGUGACUCUGGACUUCACCUCCCGAGUCAUCGACUUCUUCACUGUCCACGCUGUGGAACAGGAGAAAGAGUUCGAUGAGCCUUCUGCGCUGGUGGUGCUGCUGGAGGAGGAGCUGGUGGUGAUAGACCUCCAGACGCCCGGCUGGCCCUCUCUGCCCACCCCCUACCUGGCUCCGCUUCACUCCUCGGCCAUCACCUGCUCCUGCCACAUCUCCAACGUGCCUCCUAAACUCUGGGAGAGGCUGGUCAACGCCGGGAAAGCGCAGCAGGGACGGCAGCAGACGCACAGGAGUUGGCCCAUAUGUGGAGGGAAAAACCUGGCACCACCACCCAAACACCAAGAGCUGCUGUUGACAGGGCAUGAAGAUGGAACCGUGAGGUUCUGGGACGCGUCGGGUGUCGCCCUCACGCCGCUGUACAAACUCAGCACAGCCAACGUCUUUCACACUGACUGUGACCCCAGCGACGACCCCCAGGAUCCUGGGGACGACCCCGACAUGCAGCAGGAGGAGGAGUGGCCGCCCUUCAGGAAGGUGGGCUGCUUCGACCCGUACAGCGACGACCCCAGACUCGGCAUCCAGAAGAUCAGCCUGUGCAAAUACAGCAACAAGCUAGUGGUGGCUGGAACAGCUGGACAGGUGAUCGUGUUGGGUCUGAGUGACGAGCGUUCGGACCACCUGGUGGACGUGUCGGUGGUUGACCUGCUGCAGGACAGAGAGGGCUUCACCUGGAAGGGACACGACCGGCUGGAGCCGCGCCUGAAGCCCGCUCCGUUCCCUCCGGGCUUCCAGCCGCUGGUGCUCGUGCAGUGCCUCCCCCCGGCCUCCGUGACGGCCGUGGCGCUGCAUGCGGAGUGGAACCUCAUUGCCUUUGGCACCAGUCAUGGCUUCGGCCUGUUUGACUAUCACAGGAGGAACGCGGUGCUGGCCCGGUGCACCCUGCACCCGAACGACUCGCUGGCGAUGGAGGGCCCCCUGUCCAGAGUCAAGUCGCUGAAAAAGUCCCUGCGACAGAGCUUCAGGCGCAUCCGCAAGAGCAGAGUGUCUGGGAAGAAACGCACCAUCACGACCCCGACCAGCAAGGUCCAGGAGGCCAACGCCGCCCUCGCGGAGCAGGAGGAGGUGGCUCCGGUGCAGCGGAGGAUCGAACCCCGGUCGGCCGACGACUCGCUGUCAGGAGUGGUCCGGUGCCUCUGCUUCGCGGACACCUUUUCUACGCGAUGGUGUGUGUUGACCGGCACUCACCACGGCCCCACGCUCUGGGCCGGAAACCAACUCCGGCAGCGGUACGCCUACGCGCUGGAGGUGCCGGGCGUGGGCUCGGGCCGCGCGUCGGAGCGGGGCGGAGCCAGCGAGGGCGCCGUCUGUGUGGAGGCGGUGUUGGGCAAGAGAUCCAGCUGAUUGCACAGGGCCCCUGUGGUGUCCAUCUGUGUGCUGGAUGGCCGGGGGAAACCGCUGCCAGAACCGUACGAGGCCUCUCAGGACCUCGCCAUCGCCCCGGAUAUGACCAACGCGCAUUCGGUCCUCCGGUCCGAGGCGCAGCUCAAGGUCUUCUCGCUGCCCAAGCGUGAGGCCAAGACCAAGUUCAAGCUGACGGCUCACGAAGGCUGUCGGUUGAGGCGGUGGCGGUGGGUGGUGUUCAAGCUCCACGGCUAGCAGGACUACAGCGAGCACACUGUGUGUCUGACCAACCUGGGAGACAUGCACCUGUUCAACGUACCCGCCCUCCGACCACAGGUUCGCUACGACUGCCUCCGUAAGGAAGACAUCAGCGGCAUCGCGUCCUGCGUCUUCACCAGAACGGACAAGGUGAGGAGCAAAGCGGGGUCACAAGGGUUUUACCUGAUCUCUCCCUCAGAGUACGAGAGGUUCUCGCUGUCGGCCCUGGUCGUCACGGAGCCGCUCUGCUCCGUUCAGUUGGACCGACUGCUGGAACCCACACCUGCCAGCGACGGUUCAUCUGUUCAGCCACAGGCCAACGGUACCCACAAGAGCCAGAUGGGUCAGGCCGAGGGCCAAACAGGAGAGGCGCAGAACAACCUGCCCUCUCCCCUCCUGGACACGCCGCUGGACUCCCCCCUCAGCUGUGCUGACCUCACCCUCGACUCCACCGGAGAAAUCACCGUGGAGGACGUCAGGGAUUUCCUCACCAACGUGGAUGAGGGAAACAACCUAAAGAACAUUAAGGAGGAGGAGGGGCGCUCGACGGGCAUCCUGAUCAACUGAACAGGUGGGAAACUCAGACGUGGAUUAGCUUCCUGUCCCUUCACUACGUACUCUGCAGAAGGAGAACGUGUGUGAGUGGGCGCAGACACACACCUGUUUCUAAUGGAGCUGGUCCAGAGUGUGCAAACUUCAAAGACUUGUUCUGUCUGAGCGCAGCAUUCCAGUAACAAGUCCUCGUCCUAUUUUCCACCCACACGCUCUCCAGAGCCAGUGGAGCAGAAACGUCCUGCAUCGUCUGGACCGUGUGUCGUACUGAGCCUGAACUGGCCUCUGUUAGCUGUGUCUGUAUUUAUUAGGUGACUUGUGCUGCAGAGUUAUUACCCACUUAUGGAGCAGUGAGGCAUGGACCCAGGUCUGCAAGCGUUGGUUUUUCAUCAGGCUGUAGACGUGAGGAGCGGCCUAGUUGUCAGCGUUCCUCUGCUUCGUUUCUGACUCACUGUUUCUCUCUGGUGGAACCAUCUGAAAAUACACCACCAGUCUGAACUGCAUUUGUUUUUUAUUUGUGAAAUAGUGUGUUUUUGAAAUUGCAAACUUUUCAUUAAAUGUUCAGAUUUUUAAAGCUGCAUUUUCUUUUUCCAUCUGAAUUCACACACUUUAUUUCUUUGGAGACUUCAUAUACGGCCAAGAGUUAUUUUCUCCACAAAGCUGCAAUAAAACUGAAUCAGA